AUGGAUUCAUUUCACCCAAUUGACCCUAUGAACUUGAAUAGUGUCAAUACCCUCUCCUUCAUUGUACACCCAUGUGCUCUCCCUGCUACUCAAGUCUUUUCUGAACAUGGUGAAGGGGAAAACCAUGUUCAGAAUGUCACUGCUGAACGAACAGCCGAGGCCAAGCCGGCAGUAAGCGUAGCAGACAAUUCAGAGCCCCUAGAUCAUGGCUCUACAGCGGAGGAGCUCGCGCAGGCGGCGAAACAGCUGCGUGACCAGGUGAAGGAGAGCAUAGGCAUAUUUCGGAAAUUUCGCGAGAGGUACGACAAGGAGGUUGAAGGAGUGCGUAGGUACGCUAGCGAGGUGUCAUGUCGGCGCAUAUGGAAUGAGAAGGUUGUGAAAAACACCAACUUCGUCGAUGGGCUUAACAAAGAGGACAACCGACUCGUAUACCAGCAUCACAAGCUCAGGACAUGCCUCACUCAUCUCAAUGCAUGUGCGAGUCGUGCCGCAACGGAAACAGCUUUAGACAAUGCGGAUCAGCAUGACCCUCGAGGACUGCAGCUUGAGAAGAUUCAACUGGCUGGUGAGCGUGUAGAUCGCCUUGCAGAGAAGGCCAUAUUGAGCGAGGCUGCCUGUGCAGACCUGAUCACCGAGCUUGGAGAACUUCUGCUUCUAGUCGAUAGUCAAAGUCCUGGGGGGUCACGAGUGUACCGUUUCGACAAGCGACAGGUUAUGUCUGAGGGUUCUGAUGGCAGCGGAGGGUACCCUUUCGACGAGCAACGUGUUACACCCGGAGGCUCUGGUGACAGCGGAGACGAACAAAGAGGGGGAGGGGACGACGGCGCAGGCCAAACCGCUGGUUACGAAAGAGCGAGCAAUGACGGUAAUGCUGCUAAUGGCAUCGACGACGAGAGUGACAAUGAUAAUGGCGAGCAGCCACGGUGUAGUAUCCUGGACUUGAAGAGUAUCGUAGACAACACUGACCUGAGAGAGGAAAAAUUGGUGAAGCAUCGUCCUCAGCAGAGUAAUCAGAAUCGAAUUGUACUCAUCUUCAAGAAGAAGACAGCACGCCGCAUAUCGCACUCAAGUGUUCUCACACAAUCUUCGCAACGGCUCUCCCAUAGGAACACUGGUCAACCGAUGUUUUACCUUGCGGAUAUAUACAUAGGUGCCAGGCCCUGCUUUUCUGAUGCCUCAAUUGCGAGCUUUUCAAGCUGGACCCUUACGGGCAGACCCGUCAUCCCACCACAAGGGCGGGUGACUGCGGUAGUGAAUGAAGAUUACUCCGAAUUUCUCUUAUGCGAAAAAUGA